GCUCGUGGGCGUAGGAGCGGAAGGGGCGGAGUUAAUUCCAAAAUGAGGGAAAAUAAGAACAUGUCCGAGUCCCCUUCUCAAGCGGGAAAAGAAAUACCGGCGAAAAAGCAAAAGCUGAGCAGCGAUGAGAAUAGCAACCCCGACUUAUCAGGAGACGAGAACGACGAUGCCGUCAGCGUUGAGAGUGGCACCAACGCAGAACGCCCAGACACACCCACCAACACCGCCAAUGCCCCCGGCAGAAAGAGCUGGGGCAAGGGCAAGUGGAAGUCCAAGAAGUGCAGAUAUUCUUUUAAAUGUGUCAACAGCCUGAGGGAGGACCAUGGCCAGCCAUUGUUUGGAGUCCAGUUUAACUGGCACAGCAAGGAGGGAGACCCGCUGGUGUUUGCUACAGUUGGGAGUAACAGGGUAACUCUGUAUGAAUGCCACUCUCAAGGAGAAAUCAGACUCCUGCAGUCCUACGUUGAUGCAGACGCAGACGAGAACUUCUACACGUGCGCCUGGACCUAUGACACCAACACGAGUCACCCCCUGCUGGCUGUGGCCGGAUCCCGUGGCAUCAUCCGGGUGAUCAACCACAUCACGAUGCAGUGCAUCAAGCAUUAUGUAGGUCACGGGAACGCCAUCAACGAGCUCAAGUUUCACCCGAGGGAUCCCAAUCUGCUCCUCUCUGUCAGCAAAGAUCACGCUCUUCGGCUGUGGAACAUACAGACGGACACUUUGGUGGCGAUUUUCGGAGGCGUCGAGGGUCAUCGGGAUGAAGUUCUGAGUGCUGAUUUUGAUCUCCUAGGUGAAAAGAUUAUGUCAUGUGGGAUGGACCACUCGCUAAAACUUUGGAGGAUCAAUUCGGAGAGAAUGCAGAAAGCCAUUCGCGCGUCUUAUGAGUACAACCCCUCAAAGACAAACAGGGCGUUUGUCUCACAGAAAAUCCACUUCCCCGACUUCUCAACACGUGACAUUCAUAGAAACUAUGUGGACUGUGUGCGGUGGCUUGGUGAUCUUAUUCUUUCUAAGUCUUGUGAAAACGCCAUUGUGUGCUGGAAACCCGGGAAGAUGGAGGAUGACAUUGAUCACAUUAAACCAAAUGAGUCAAAUGUGACGAUUCUGGGACGCUUUGACUACAGCCAGUGUGACAUUUGGUACAUGCGCUUCUCCAUGGACUUCUGGCAGAAGAUGCUGGCUCUUGGGAAUCAGGUGGGGAAGCUUUACGUGUGGGACCUUGAAGUAGAAGAUCCGCACAAAGCCAAGUGCACCACGCUGACCCUCCCCAAAUGCACAUCGGCCAUCCGGCAAACCAGCUUCAGCCGCGACAGCAGCAUUUUGAUAGCGGUGUGCGAUGACGCCUCCAUCUGGCGCUGGGAUCGACAGCGCUGAGGUCUCCGGUUGUUCCUGUUGCUUCCAACUCCCCUGCCUCUGUGUUGGUAUACAGAUCUGCACUGCAACAAAAAAAAAUGUCUGUACAUUUAUUCUUGUAUGCAGAUUAAAAAUAGUUGUUUGUUUGUUUUUUUUAAAAAAUUCCAUAAAAAGAAAGGAAUGGCCUUCUUUUGUCUUCAUUUCCUGUUUGUCUGCCAGCUUAAUUGUGAAGGGAAGAAAAAACAGAUUUGCCGUGUUUUUGAUCCAAUAAAACUUGGAUUUACUCUGUUAGAUGAACAAUUUUAAGCCGAAGGAUGAAAAAAGGAAAAGCCCUGAAGCCUGUCUUGGUGUCCUCUCUGUGUGCCUUCUGGUUUGCUAUGCUGUCCCAUCCAUUGAAAUUAUAACAAUACAAAAGGAAUUGUGUGGAAAAAUAAGAUAUUUAAAUGCAUGAAAACAGGAUUUUCUGUUGUAAUGUGCCAUGAUUUAUUUUAAUUAUUACAGUAAUAAUUAGUUUGCUUUGAUGCCCCCAUUCACACACACACAUGGACUGCUGUUGCAUAAUUUACAGUGUGCUCUUUGACACUGGAGUAUUCGCACACACACACAUGUAAAAACUGAAUAAAGUCUUUUGUAACUGUUCCCAAGCCUGAUAUUUGUUUAGGACAGUAUUAGCAUAAAAAUAAGCUUUUAUUUUGAAAACUUUAGUCCUGUUACAGGGAGCAAAAGGCAGGCGUUUUGUCUUUAUUUAUCUGUAGUCAUUUGAACUUGAAUAAAACUUAAUUUCUAUAAAUA